AGAGAUCGAUAUUCUUCCCGUGAAUUUCGUCAUUAUAAUAAGUUAAUCACUGUAUUACACGCUAUUAUUCCAAGCAUCUCUUACUAGUUUUCCACUUUCAUCGGCUUUAAUUUUAUACAUCCCUUAUGAGCAUUAAAAGUCAAAUAUUCAACGGGUCAAUGUAAUGAUAUGGAGAAUAUAUAUAUACAUAUAUAUGAGGUUUAUGGGUAAAUAUAUCAUGAGUGUGAGAGAGAGGAAAGAAAGAUGGGGAAGGGAAAAACAAGGGGAAAUAGAUCAUUAGGCUUGAUGGUUUUAGUAGUUAUAGUUUUAUUACUAGCGGGAAUGUGCGAGAUAAAGAUCAUAGCAAGUGCAGAGCUCAGUGAUGCCCAGUGCAAAGAAGAAAGGAGAAUUGCGCUUAACGACUGCAAAGCGGUGCUGUACGGGAAGCUUCCCACACCGGCGUGCUGUGAGCGAGCCAGAGUUAGCCAUAUCGAGUGCAUAUGUCCUGUUAUUACGCCCAAGUUGGCUGCUCUUAUCGACGUCAACCGUGCCAUCCGCCUCAUUGAAGGCUGCGGAAGAAGAGUCCCUCGUCACUUCAAGUGUGGCAGUAUCACAACUCCAUGAAAGUUGAAACCUGCGGCUGCCUCGACUAUGCUUUCACUACUUGAAGAUUAAUUAAGUUUAAUAUUACUAAACCAUGGUGUAUUAUGCAACACCAAAUACAUAUGAAUAAAUGGAUGUUCGAUAUUAUUA